UGGUGAAUCGGUAGGCAGACAACUUCAGUUGUGUCGAUUUGGUCUGGUGUGGUUCCCCGGUUGAUGUUGACAGUUUUAUUAUUACUAUUAACAACAUUAAAUCUACAAUGAAGAAGUACGGUGCGAUAAAUGGAAGGGAAUACGAGCCAAAGCCGUUGCCGGUCAAAACGAUGAAGCAAGACGAAAAACAACGACUGCUGGACAGCGACUAUCAAAGCGACACCACCUCCCUGGACAUGGAGCCCAUGGUGUCCGAGUCGUCGGACGACCCGUUCAGCAACCGCAAUCUCGAGCACCCGACCUCCAAUUUCGACACCAUGGUGCACUUGCUCAAAGGUAAUGUCGGCACCGGCAUCUUGGCGAUGCCGGACGCCUUCAGGAAUGCCGGCUGGGUCGUGGGACUGUUGGGUACGUUGAUAAUGGGCGCGAUCUGCACCCACUGCAUGCACAUGUUGGUCGGAUGCUCGCACGAGUUAUGCAGACGGACGCAGAAGCCGGCGUUGAAUUUCGCCGAGGUUGUGGAACAGGCUUUCAAAACGGGACCACGAAGUCUUCAAUCCUUUUCGAAAAUGGCUAAGACAAUGAUAAACUUCUUCCUAUGUCUUACCCAGAUUGGCUUUUGCUGCGUGUACUUUGUUUUCGUAGCAGCCAAUCUGCACGAUGUGGUGAAGCACUAUUUUGCAGACAUCAGCGUUCAUUGGUACCUCCUAAUGUUGCUAAUACCUUUAGUGCUCCUUAAUUGGGUGAAAAGUCUGAAGUAUUUAACGCCGGCCUCUCUAUUUGCCUCCAUAGUGACGUGCACUGGUUUGGCCAUCACCUUCUUCUACAUGUUACAAGGUUUACCAAACACUUCCAGCAUCCACGCUUUCUCUAGCUGGAACCAGUUGCCAUUGUACUUUGGCACUGCAAUCUAUGCAUUUGAAGGAAUUGGAGUGGUUUUGCCCUUAGAGAAUAACAUGAGGAACCCACAAGAUUUUGGUGGAUGGAAUGGCGUAUUAAACACUGGAAUGGUCAUAGUGGCCAGUUUGUACACAGCAAUCGGUUUCUUUGGAUAUUUAAAGUACGGAGAUCAAGCUGUGUUGGGAAGUGUAACACUUUUGUUGCCAGCAGAUGAAAUAUUGGCACAAUCGGUUCGUUUAAUGAUGGCCAUCGCAAUCUUUCUCUCGUACAGCCUUCAGUUCUACGUUCCGUUCAACAUAGUAUGGCCAUCAGUGAAAAAACAUUUUGAAGAUGAGCGAUCCAUACGCCUUGCCGAAUACGCGACUCGAACCUUUCUGGUGUUCGUGACCUUCGCCCUUGCCAUCGCCAUUCCGAAUCUGGGUGCUGUGAUCUCCUUGGUCGGAGCAUUCAGUAGCAGCGCCCUGGCAUUGAUUUUCCCGCCGCUCAUUGAAAUCAUCACGUUUUGGCCCGACAAGCUCGGCAGAAGUAACUGGGUUUUGUGGAAAGACCUGUCGAUCGUUAUUUUUGGAUUUAUCGGGUUCUUGAUUGGGUCGUACGUUAGUUUGUUGAAUGUUUUGUAUCCGGAGGUGCAGGUUUGAGAGAAACGGGUUGGGGUUUGGUAAAUGCAUGAAAGUUGUAUGUGAUAUUAGCGAGUCAGUUGUUCAGUUACCAGUUUAUGAAAGUAUAUAUUAUCGUAUGACGGAAGUAGAAGUGACCAAUUUGGAAAGCUUUAUAUCGCAUUUAAUCAGAUGCAAAGCACUAUAUCAAGAUAUAUGAUAAUAAUAUUAAGAUAUAAAUCUAUAUGUUGUUACUUAAUUUUAACAAGGUUCUAGAAGAAUUAUUUGGACAAUAAAUGUUUUAAAUGUGAUGUCAUAUUUAAUAAGACAAUAAAUGAAUCUUCCAUGUUAUAUAUUUAGAUGUUCGUAACUAUAUCGUAUAUAUAGCAAAUGUAUUUAUUUUAGUUAUUUAUUUCUGUAUAUACCUAAUUAUAUAAGUAUUAAAAGAGUAAUUGUACAGAAAGGAGAAUAUUUCCAAAAUGAAAUAUAAAAGAAAUAUUCUUCUUAUUAUAUUAUCAGUAUUAAGUAAAUACAUACAUGAUGUGUACAUACAUAUUUGUUGAAUAUUAUUUAAUUAAAAAUUUUAUUUUA